CUCGGGUCUCAGAGUUCCAAGAGCAGGCUGUUGGCCGUUGGAGAGGACUCGCCGGAAGACAGCGAGCGAAUCUUCGAAAGAUCUCUCGUUCUACUUUCCCCCCCUCCCGCCUCUUCGAAGAUCAAUUUAUUUAGGGUUCCAAGAGGGGAGUAAAAAUUCGGGCACUCUCUAAAAUUUGGACGUGGAAGAGGAUUUUUCUGCGCUGGUUUGAGUUCUUGUUGUCCAGGAAUAAGCAUUAGAAUUGGUACGGUAUUGGAGGGGCGUUUUUCUUGAAUUCGAAAUUCCAAAAGCUUUCACGAUUUUGUUGGUGAGUUUGGAGUUUGUGUGGUGUAUCCGUAGAGAUUUGCGUCUCUGGGGUUUAGGGAUUCAUUAGAGGUAAAAUGGAGAAGUCCCUGUUGUCCAUCCUGAUGGAAACUCAGAGUGGCGGAGGGGAAUCCAUCCUUGCCACGACGAAGUUUGCUAUUCUGCCCAUUGCGAAGGUCUUUACGGUGUGCUUUAUGGGGUGUCUCAUGGCCUCCAAGUAUAUAAAUAUCCUUCCUGCAAAUGGCCGUAAGCUUCUUAAUGGGCUAGUGUUUACUCUCCUCCUUCCUUGUCUAAUAUUUUCUCAACUUGGAAGAGCAAUUACUCUAGAAAAUUUAUUGGAGUGGUGGUAUAUUCCUGUCAAUGUCGUUAUGGCUACAAUAUCAGGAUCCUUAAUUGGUUUUGUUGUCGCAUGUGUUGUUCGACCCCCGUAUCCAUAUUUCAAGUUCACUAUCAUACAUAUUGGAAUUGGGAACAUCGGGAAUAUACCUCUUGUGCUUAUUGCAGCUUUAUGCCGAGAUGAAUCCAAUCCAUUUGGUGACCCUAACAAAUGUAGCCAAGAUGGAAAUGCAUAUAUUUCAUUUGGGCAGUGGGUUGGUGCAGUUGUUGUGUACACUUACGUGUUUCAGAUGCUUGCUCCACCCCCUGGAGAAACAUUUGAUACCCUUGAAGAGGAGAAGCUCCCAACUAAGGCUCCUGUUAAUGCUGUACCCGAGCAAGUGCCCUUACAAACUUCAGAGGAGCCUGUGACAAUAGCAUUAGAGUCUUCAAAAGGGGGGAAAAUAGUCAGCCAGCUACGCCAUCUGGUAGAAAAAUUGAAGCUAAAACAGAUUUUUCAGGCCCCGAUAAUUGCUUCUAUCCUGGCAAUUGUUAUUGGAGCUGUACCUUUCUUAAAACAAUUGAUCCUUACAGAUGAUGCUCCAUUUUUCUUUUUCACUGACAGCUGCCUCAUUCUCGGGGAAGCCAUGAUUCCAUGUAUUUUGCUCGCUUUGGGCGGUAACCUUGUUGAUGGUCCAGGUGCAGGAACUGCCAAGCUUGGAUUUCGCACAACUGCCGCUAUUGUAUUUGGGCGGCUGGUCUUGGUUCCUCCGGCAGGUCUUGGCAUUGUCACUUUAGCUGAUAAACUAGGAUUCCUCCCAAAGGGUGACAAAAUGUUCAAAUUUGUCCUUCUACUUCAGCAUAGCAUGCCCACUUCUGUGCUGUCUGGUGCGGUUGCCAUUUUAAGAGGCUGCGGAAAGGAAUCUGCUUCUGUCUUGUUCUGGGUUCAUAUCUUUGCAGUAUUUUCCAUGGCUGGAUGGAUUGUGUUGUAUUUGGGCUUACUCUUCUGAAGGCCUCACUCGUCAUUAUGUUGGUAUUAUAUGGAAGUACAAAAUAGACUUUUGCACCUAGAUUUAAGGUCAUACAGAUCAGACUAGAAGAGCUUAAAAUAUGUGCACAUCUGCCGGACAGUAGAGACGUCAUCUAGAGUAUGAGAGUUAUGUCCAAGCAGCUAGCUUCAGGGACUGUGGCCGCUCACGGUUAUGAUCUGCGGCCAUACAAUGGCACUGGCCUGUGAGAAUGGUGCUUAGGUGCAAGUGGAGGUGAUCCACUAGUUCAUAUAAUGACCAUCUCAAUCAUCUUUUCAUCAGCAAAUAGAAGCAGAACAGAUCGAUGGGUCUGAUAUGCUGUGUGCAUGUCUCAGAACAGUAUAUAUUUUUCCUAUGUAUCUCGCCUUAUUCUGGUGCUCGAGCUGCAUGAAACAUCAUCCACAUUAUUCAUCAGUGUAACACUCUCCUGUGUAUAUCCAUUGUCGUCUGUCGCUAUGUUAAGUUAGAUCUACAGAUUGCACUAGAAUUCUUGCAGUGACAGGAGAAGCUUUUUGUAAUGUUCCAAUGCCAACCUGGUAAUUUAGUCCCAUCUUUUUGGGGUAUUGGUUUGGGGGUGGGGGUGCAAAAUUGUUGAUUUGAAGAGUUGAAGACUAUUACAUUCUGGAACCACAUUGUUCCUUAUACAUGUUCAACUCAGGGAUUCAA